AUGAAGGACGUGGACAGCUACGUGAUUUGCGACUCCAAAGCCAAAGGCUUCCCAAUCCGACAUGUGAGCAAGGGCUUCCAGGAGCUCUUCGGCUAUGAUGCAUCCGAAUGCGUCGGCAUGCGCUGCGGCGAGAUGAUUGGCGGUGCGGGCUUGUUGAAUCACAAGCCUGGCAUGGCCAUGCUCAACAAGGUCGCAUCUGACUUGGGGCUUUCUGAAGAGCAGGCAAACGCGGGCAUCAAGCGAAUGACGCAAGCGGCUGAAGAGGCAGUUCAGACCGUCAACCAGGGGGGAUCCUCGCCGUCUGUGCUGCUUAUCAACACGAGGAAAAAUGGGGAGUUGUUCGUUUGCGAGAUGUCCCUUUGCAAGAAUCAGCACCCGACCAUGGGUUGGCACUACCAUGCUGGCAUCCAGCGGGACGUCUCCGAUCGAAUCUCCGUGGAGAGGCUCCUGCAGGCGGCUUCGGAGGGCGUUUCUUAUGACCAGAUCUGCCAAGAGUGGAGGACUGCCACGGUGCCAAAGCUGGGAGAGACUCUCGCAGAGAAGCUCGGUGCUUCUCGUCAUGAUCUCCAUUCCGUUGCGGAGCAGAUGUGGAAAGACGAGCUCGCAAAGGUUUUCCAAAAGAAGGACGGCAGCAAGACGGCGGCCCCCGACACAGACAUGAGAUCUGUGUGGAGUCGAAGCACAGCUUCCACUAUGCAUAGCCACCGCUCCAGUCGAAGCUCGAAAUCCGAGACGAAGGGUGAGUCGGAGAAGAAGAUCCACCACCUGGGUGCUCUGUUCGGACAUGUCAUCCCUGACUGCAGCGCAGAGGAGAAGCCCGAACAGCCGGAGCACGAGAAUUCGGAGGAAAGCGGUCGUUUCCUGGAUCUCCUUGAGGGAGAGCUCUCCGACGAUGAGGAGGUUGCCAAGCCGGCUCCGAUGCAGCCACUUCCGCUUUCCGUCGAGAGCCUCCGACAGCGCGACGCGGGGAAGCCCGAGUCACUGAAAAGCUGGCAGUCCGAGGACUUCAAGUCCGUGUCUGGCGAAUCCGACCAGGAAGAGGCAGAGUGCGGCACUUCAUCGACGGAAGACAACUCCCCGACGAGUGACGCUUCCUUGAUCUGCGAUGAGGUGCAGGAUCCAGCAAGGCACGUGGGCCGAUCGGUUCUGCGCAACUUAGACAUCCCCAUGGUUCUUGCUGCGCCGACCGUGUCGGGCUUCCCUGUCGUCCUUCGUAGCCGAGGCUUCGAGGAUCUGGCAGGGCCAUCGCUUCAAAUCAAGGUCGGCAGCCGUGCAGAACAUUCGCUGCAGCCUUCCGACGAACGAGCGCAGUCGGUCUGGGCGGAAUAUUGCGAAGCUGUUAUGGCGGGGCACUUCUACGCACACCCGACAACAGGAGGCGGAAUUGCGAUCCUGGAGGGACUGAGCGACUUUGCGCUUCCUUCGGGUGAGUUGGCAUUUGUGAAGCCCUUCCAUGGCAGGUUUGGCAAUGUCAUUGACUGUCUGGUUUACCUGAAACAGGUGGAGCUGGACGACUGCCCCUACCUCAUCGCUUUGCAUUCUUACCUCCCGCAGAUAAGUCACUUGGAGCGAGACCGUCCGCGCCUGUUGGAAUCGGAAUUCUACAAAGUGGGUGUGAGAUUGGACGAGGUCAUUGCCGAGUUGGCAUCGGAAUUCUUCUACUACGCGCCGAUGCGGAGGCAGACUACGCUGUAUCCUCGGCGCGAGCAGUCUUGCCAAGACCACGCACUUCUUGACCUUCUCGUGCAUGAGCUCUGA